AUGUGGAGAUUGACUUGUGCCACUUUGACCCUACUCAUUUGUGUCAAAGGUUCACAUUCUCAGUUGAAUGUUUGUGGACAAGCCCCUCUGAACACUCGCAUUGUUGGGGGUGUAAAUGCAUCUCCAGGUUCAUGGCCUUGGCAGGUCAGUCUGCACAGCCCUAAGUAUGGAGGUCAUUUUUGCGGAGGCUCCCUGAUCAGCAGUGAAUGGGUGCUGACCGCAGCUCACUGUUUAUCUGGUGUCUCUGAAACCACUCUGGUUGUGUACUUGGGAAGGAGAACACAGCAGGGAAUCAAUAUUUAUGAAACUAGUAGAAAUGUUGCCAAAUUGUUCGUUCACUCCUCCUACAACAGCAACACAAAUGACAAUGACAUCGCUCUGCUGCGCCUGUCCUCAGCUGUAACCUUCACUAACUAUAUCAGACCUGUUUGUCUGGCGGCCCAGAACAGUGUCUAUAGUGCUGGCACCAGCAGCUGGAUCACAGGCUGGGGAGAUAUUCGGGCUGGAGUGAAUCUACCUGCUCCUGGGAUUCUGCAGGAGACUAUGAUUCCAGUUGUGGCCAAUGAUCGAUGUAAUGCUCUACUGGGUUCUGGAACUGUCACCAACAACAUGAUCUGUGCUGGUUUAGCAAAGGGAGGCAAAGACACCUGCCAGGGGGAUUCUGGAGGUCCAAUGGUGACUCGGCUGUGUACAGUGUGGGUUCAGGCUGGUAUCACCAGCUGGGGUUAUGGCUGUGCCGACCCCAACAGUCCUGGGGUUUACACUCGUGUGUCACAGUAUCAGAGCUGGAUCUCAAGCAAAAUUAGUCUAAACAAGCCAGGAUUCAUUCUCUUCAGCCCGCCAAGCUCAUGCUCCUCUGCCAGCCGAAUCUCAACUUCCUGUAGCGGGAGAUGCAAUGAGUUGUACAGCAUACUCAAUCGCUGCAACUGCAAUGCUAACUGCGCUAUAAAAUGCUGCACAGAUUACAAACAGCGCUGUGCCAGUUGAAGUAACUCCAUGGAUUCAAAACAGGCUUGUAAUCGCAUCACUUGUGAAUAAGACCUUUACAUGCCUGUUCUUCCAGAAGACAGUAAUUCAGUGCUGCUUUUGAAAUGUUGCACAGUCAGAAUAUCAGUGAAAACAGCAUUUUAAAGAGCUGCUUCACUGUCUUCACUCAGGGGUGUAAAUGCAUACUGAUUAUGAUUAACUCUAUUAGUUGAGACUCUCUCUUUCUUGUGUAAGUCAACUUAUUUAAUUCAACACUGGUUUUAUCUGGAAUCACCCCCUAUACCCUCAAAUACUACAUUCUUUGAGGAAGCAGCCAUUUCUAGUGAUGUCUGAAAAGUUAUGAUGUUAUAUAGUGCACUGAAUCAAUCCCACAAACCAGGUACACAGAAGAUCCCCAUAAUGCAGUUUGCACCGAAUGAAUUUCCACGUCUGACCACAAGAUGUCAUCUUAUCGCAGUCCUAUCAGUGUAAGUUUUGAAAAAAAAUUAUUUAAGGUAAUAUUUGUAUACAUGUCAGAAAUUAAGUCUCUGUCUUGAUUAAAAGUCUUGAUUAUGAACAAUUACGGUAGGAUGGUUAAGAGAAUAAGAUAACUGCAUUGGUUGGCAUAACAGUGGGUGUGCAUUUUAUUUUAAAAAUUAAUGUUUUAAUAGAACUGUAUUUGCUUUAACAUGUAUUUUCGGAUUAGGAUUUUUAUUGUGUAUGUUUAAUGUUGUGUAAAAAAAAAUAGUGUAAAAUAACUAUCACAAGGCCAGAAAGUGUAUAAUAUAAUCCUUCUGAGGGAUUUAUCAACCAGCAAAGCACAAACAAAACGAGCGCUUGAAUUUACUCACUUGUUUCAUUCACUCCUUUAAGUGACUAUAUUAGUGGACUAGAUAAUAGUGAAUGGUGGUAUAGAACAAUGGUCUCAAAUUCAAUUCCUUUAGGGCCACAACUCUGCACAGUUUAGCUCCAACCACCUCCAACUCUCACCUGCUGUCUCUAGUAGUCUUGAACACCUUGAUUAGCUGGAUCGGCUGUGUUUGAUUAGGACUGGAACAAAACUGCAGAACCGCAGCCCUUCAGGAAUCCAGGAGUUUGAUGGUAUAGAGAAGGAGAUUUCAGAUACAGCAAUUGAUUGUCUUUUGAUGUAUUUUGCAGUAACAAAUCUUCCCAACAGAGGGCAGUGUGAGCACUCGCUCACAAUUACUUCAGCUCUCUCCAAUAGUGUCUGGCUGUAAGUCUCAGACCUUGAGUAAUCCCAAGCACCUAAACAUGACAUGGCAUAAAAAAAACUAAAUGUGAUUGGUUGGUUAACCUGUCAGGCAUAUAGAUUUGUGCACGAUCCUUGACCAUUUAAAGCAGCUAAAUUUUUCGGUCCAUGAUCCGUCAGUCUGAGGUUUGGCUAUGCGAGACUAUCUGGCUGCAAACGUGCAGAUGAUGCAUGCACAUCCAUCCAUCCAUCCACCCAGCCACCCACCCAUCCAUCCAUCCAUCCAUCCAUCCAUCCAGCUUUUAAAUAAUAUCUCAUAUAACAGUAUCUUAAAAUAUCUUUGGCUCUGACUAACUGAAAUGUGUUUUUCUGUUGUGCUUUGGAUAAAAUUUGCUAAAUGUGUAAAUGUCGGUUUCAUUUAUGUAGAUUUAGUUGUAAAGCAUUGUUAUCUGGAGCUUAUCUUAAGCAAAUACAGCUGUGCCACCAUGAUUUAUUUUUGCACAGAUUUAAUUUCUGCAAACACGUUUAAACUUAUUCUAAAUUCAGUAGAUCAGGACACUGUACUGAUUUGCUUUAUUUAUUAACAAGCAAAUAUAGAAUCAUGUGAAACAUAUGAAUAUUUUGUUGUGCUUUGUGUAAAAACUUGGUUUUAUGUCUAGGAUAAUGUACUGGUGCCAUAAAACUUUGUUUGACAAUUAUGUUUCAUUGUAGAUGGUGGCUAUUAUAAUUGUUUGAACAGUUUCAUCUUGUAUGAGUUGUUAUAUUAAAGAUGAAAAUGGAGAACAAUUAGUGA